AUGAAUGAAGAACACACAGAUGUAACAAAUGGAUGUAAUAAAGUUAGAUCUCGUACUCAGAAUGAAGCUGCCUUAUUGGCUCUUAUGGAGAAGACAGGGUAUAAUAUGGUUCAAGAAAAUGGACAACGAAAAUUUGGUGGCCCUCCACCAGGUUGGGAAGGUCCGCCACCACCCCGAGGCUGUGAAGUUUUUGUGGGGAAAAUUCCUCGUGAUAUAUAUGAGGAUGAAUUAGUUCCUAUUUUUGAAAGAGCUGGGAAGAUUUAUGAAUUUAGAUUGAUGAUGGAAUUUAGUGGUGAGAAUCGUGGAUAUGCUUUUGUAAUGUAUACAACAAAAGAAGAAGCUCAGUUUGCCAUUAAGACCCUUAAUAAUUAUGAGAUUCGUCCUGGAAAAUUUAUUGGAGUUUGUAUAAGUUUGGAUAACUGCAGACUAUUCAUUGGAGCCAUUCCAAAGGAAAAGAAGAAAGAAGAAAUCUUGGAUGAAAUGAGAAAAGUCACUGAAGGUGUUGUAGAUGUUCUUGUGUAUCCAAGUGCAACGGACAAGACAAAAAAUCGUGGGUUUGCCUUUGUUGAAUAUGAAUCCCACAGAGCUGCAGCUAUGGCAAGGAGAAAAUUAAUUCCUGGAACUUUCCAAUUAUGGGGGCACACUAUUCAAGUAGAUUGGGCAGAUCCAGAAAAAGAAGUAGAUGAAGAAACAAUGCAGAGAGUAAAAGUACUGUAUGUUAGAAACUUGAUGAUGUCAACUACAGAAGAAACAAUUAAGGCUGAGUUUAACAAAUUCAAACCUGGAGCUAUUGAACGGGUAAAGAAACUGCGAGAUUACGCUUUUGUUCAUUUUUUCAACCGAGAUGAUGCAGUUGCUUCUAUGUCAAUUAUGAAUGGAAAAUGUAUUGAUGGUGCUAGCAUUGAGGUAACACUAGCCAAGCCAGUAAACAAAGAAAGCACUUGGAGACAACAUCUUAAUGGCCAAAUUAGCCCCAGUUCUGAAAAUCUUUUAGUCUUUACAAACAAAGAAGACGGUCAUCACAAAUCACUAACAAAACCAGCAAAUCUUCCAAUACGCCUUAAUGGGCAGAAUAGUCCAAGUCCUCCUGAAAUUGAAAGAUGUACUUACCCAUUUUUUCCAGGAACAAAACUUACUCCAAUUAGCAUGUACUCUUUAAAAUCGAGCCAUUUUAGUUCUGCUGUGAUGCAGUUAGAUUAUUAUUGCAAUAAAAAUAACUGGGCACCUCCAGAAUAUUAUUUAUAUUCAACUACAAGUCAAGAUGGAAAAAUUUUGCUGGUAUAUAAGAUUGUUAUUCCAGCGGUUGCAAAUGGAUCCCAGAGUUAUUUUAUGCCAGACAAACUCUGCACAACAGUAGAAGAUGCAAAAGAGCUAGCAGCACAUUUUGCACUCAUGCACUUGGAAUACAAUUUUUGUCGAAAUCCAGUAAAUAACAUUUCUCCUGUUAGUGCUACGCUUUCUUCUGGAACAACCAGCGUAUUACCAUAUACAUCAAGACCAUAUUCUUAUCCAAGCUAUCCCUUAUCAUCAUCAAUUCCACUUGCUAAUAGCAACCAUGUUGGACAGCGUUUGUACAUCUCCAGUCAGGCCUCAUUCUUUUGA